UCACUUUUGAGACUUUGUAAAAUAUGAUUAAAUUCUCAGUCAUCCGAGGUCACGGGAAUCAGGUUGAAUCAAAGCAAUCGGCCUCUUUAUUUGCCUUUAAUUCAAAGGGCUUCUUCGGGUCAACAUUUUCACUGUGGCUGGUGAAUGACCGGCCCGCAUAUGACGACUCAUUCAAUCACCCGCUGGCACAAUCCCUCAUAAGGGCCACACUUCCUUUGCGAGGACGGAUGUCCGGACGUCAAUAUAAGCAAAUGACAAGUGAUGACUCAAAACUCUGUUCAGAGGAAGAGUGGCCCGGAUCGAACUGUUUUGCUACCAAGUGAGUGACGCUCCUUCACCAGCCAGGCCGGGCAACAUCAACAACAACACCCAUUUGUCUUGAAUCUUGUCCUAACAUCACAUGGGAUCAAAAUAAAGCAUGUGCGGAUUUCACGAGGCCCGUCGCCAUAGCCGGUCAUUGAAAUUAGCAGAACAGGAGGAAGCACUCUGCUCAGUGGACAAUAUGGACAUUCUUGAGACAGAUGCCUACGACAGACGGCAGAGAAGAAACACGUCCUGUGCUCUGCUGUUCUCUCUCACGCCCUUCUUUUUGGCCUCAGCCGCGUACUUCUACCUGUGUACUCCAGACACACCGGCGUCCAUCAUACUGGCGGCUGUCAAAUCGGCACCGGCGCUCCUGCUGGCCGCGGCAGUGCUGAGCUGGAAUGGAGGUCAGAGUGUCGUGGGUGUGGCGGGAGGACUUGUCCUCUCGGCUGUGGGCGACUGCUGCCUGAUCUGGCCUGGGUUUUUCCUCCACGGCAUGGCUGCAUUUGCUGUGGCUCAUCUUCUCUACUCGCUCAGCUUCCUGUCAUCUCGUUACGAGGCAUAUUCCUCUUCCUCAUGGACUGGCCUGCUAUAUCUGAUCCUGGUUGUGAUCGCGGGAGGUUUUUAUGCAUACUUGUUUCCAUUUUUACAGAAGGACCCAAUGUCGGACCUCUUAACCCCCGCCGUGGGGGUCUACGUUAUCUUAAUCACACUGAUGGGGAUAUUAGCCAUCAGAACCCGUCGCGCAUUCACACUCUUGGGAAGUUUGUUCUUCAUCGUCUCCGACCUCGCUUUGGCUUUGCAACAGUUUAAGGUGACGGCGCCUGUGCAACACGGUAAUACUGUUGUCAUGGUGACAUAUUAUUUAGCACAGCUGCUAAUUAGUAUUGGGGACAUGAGGGCGGUGGAAAUCAAAAAUGAAUUUGCAAAAUGGAAGCGGUCCUAGCCAGUAUCCAUGCAGCGCUCCUGAUGUUUCCUCACCCAACA